CAAAGAUCUCCUAACAGCUGAAGUUCUGAAAAUGAAAAGCAUUCUGUUCCCCAUUGUCACUGCACUGCUGUGCAUGGCACAGGAAAUCAAAGCAAGUGAGCCAGUACACACUCCUAAAGAAUGCUGCUUUAGGUUCACAACCAAACCACUACCGAUAAGAACAAUUGAACGUUUUGAAGUAACAAGUGACCAAUGUCCUAUAGCUGGAGUGAUAUUUCACACUAAAAGGGGUCUCAACAUUUGUGCAAAGCCAAAUGAAGAAUGGGUAAAGAAACGCAUUGAAGAAUUUACUACAUCACAAAACAAAAAUUAAUGAUGAGGAAGAUGGAGAUUUAGACAGGAAACCCUCAGAUAUUUUACAAAAUCGUAUAAUCCUGUGAAAGACUAAUCAAAAGGCUGCAUGAUGGAGGCACCAAAACAAAAUCCAAUGGCUGUUGUGAUGGGAGUAAAUAAACAUCUGUAGAAAAGAGAAUAAGAAUCUUCUUUGGGAUCAGUGAUCCACUCUUUGUUGUCUUACAUUUAUGUAAAUGCAAAAUUCUUUCUGUUACACAGAUAUGCCAUGUAAAUGUACAGACACUUUAAAUCCUAUUUAUAGUUAGGGUAUAAGAGCAUAUGAAUUGCUUUAAAAUGUAAAGGAUAAUAACCUUUAAUGAUUUUUUAUAUUAAAUUUUGAAUUCAACAAACUGUAUGAUACUGUAAUGUGUGUCUCAUUUUUAAUUUUCAAUUUAUUCUUACUUAAUUUAAAUUAAAUGUAUUGCUUUAUUCUAUUUUCCAUCAUCUUGUUAUUAUUACCACUGCUACUUUGUAAUAUUAUGAAUUUGAAUUUUCUGAAGUAUUUUUGUUUUACAGUAUAUGAAUCUCUUACUGUAAAGUUCACUACAUACAGUAAAGUUUCUCUUUUAAUAAACAGUCACUUUAACAAA